GGAGAAAACAACAACCCAGUCCUCGGCAGCAGCACUUCCUUCGGCGCCUUUUGGAGCGAGAGAGAGAGAGAGAGAGAGAGAGAGAGAGAGAGAGAGAGAGGCGAGAAGGGAAGAAGAACAUAACACGGAGGGCGAAGAGGAGAAGAGGCGGCAGUGGCAGCAGUGAGAGUGGGAGGCGAGGCCUGGAGCCCCUAAAAGUGUGUAUGUGAACACAAGAAAAUAUAACCAGCAAUUAUAGAUUUCUUCUAUCAAAAACCUACAGUAAAGCCUUCAAGUCUUCUGUAUGCUAUGUUGUGUGAUUGUUGUCCCAUGAGGAAUUGGUCUUCAUGAAGAUUCCUAACAUUGGUAAUGUGAUGAAUAAAUUUGAGAUCCUUGGAGUUGUAGGUGAAGGAGCUUAUGGAGUUGUACUUAAGUGCAGGCAUAAGGAAACACAUGAAAUUGUGGCCAUUAAGAAAUUCAAAGACAGUGAAGAAAAUGAAGAGGUCAAAGAAACUACUUUACGAGAACUUAAAAUGCUCCGUACUUUGAAACAGGAGAACAUAGUGGAGCUAAAAGAAGCUUUCAGAAGGAGAGGGAAACUAUAUUUGGUAUUUGAGUAUGUAGAAAAGAAUAUGCUUGAACUGCUGGAAGAAAUGCCAAAUGGAGUCCCACCUGAAAAAGUAAAAAGUUAUAUAUACCAGCUAAUUAAAGCAAUUCAUUGGUGUCAUAAGAAUGAUAUUGUUCAUAGAGAUAUCAAGCCAGAGAAUCUCUUAAUAAGCCACAAUGAUAUAUUAAAACUGUGUGACUUUGGUUUUGCACGGAAUUUGUCAGAAGGAAGCAAUGCUAAUUACACAGAAUAUGUGGCCACCAGGUGGUAUCGUUCUCCUGAACUCUUGCUUGGAGCCCCCUAUGGCAAGUCUGUGGAUAUGUGGUCUGUAGGUUGUAUUCUUGGAGAACUGAGUGAUGGACAACCAUUGUUUCCUGGAGAAAGUGAAAUUGACCAACUUUUUACAAUCCAGAAGGUGCUAGGACCACUUCCUGCAGAGCAAAUGAAGCUUUUCUACAGUAAUCCCCGUUUCCAUGGGCUACGGUUCCCAGCAGUUAACCAUCCACAAUCUUUGGAAAGGAGAUAUUUGGGAAUCUUAAGUGGUGUUAUACUUGACCUUAUGAAGAACUUGCUGAAACUGGAUCCAGCAGAUCGAUACUUGACAGAGCAGUGUUUGAACCACCCAGCAUUCCAAACUCAGAGGCUCUUGGAUCGAUCACCGUCCAGGUCAACUAAAAGAAAACCUUAUCAUGGUGAUAGCAACACCUUAUCUAACAGAAAUCAAGCUACCAAAGGCAGUGCUGUGCAGUCUCAUCAUAGAUCAAACAGCAAAGACAUAGGACUGCAAAGAGAAGAGGCUCUUCCAACAACGGAAAGCUUUCUAAAUGGAAAUCUUCCUGUAACUUCACAUAGUCCUAUGCUUUCAAAAAAGUCAAGCAAUCCUCCUGGAUCUGGAAGCAAGGAUCUAGCAAAUAAUAAUGUACCACAUCUUCUGAGUCCAAAAGAAGCAAAGUCAAAAAAUGAAUUUGACUUUAGUUCGGAUACCAAGGGUUCAGAUGGUCCAGGUACAAAAUAUCUGAAGUCAAAUUCCAGAUCUCAGCAUAAUCGUCAUUCAUUUAUGGAAAGUUCCCAAAGCAAAACUGGUACACUGCAGCCAGGUGAAAGACACAGUCGUCACAGCUAUAUUGAUACUAUUCCUCAGUCUUCAAAAAGUCCCUCGUAUCGAACCAAAUCAAAAAGUCACGGGGCUCUGACGGAUUCCAAAUCUGUGGGUAAUCUGUCUGAGGCUAGAGUUCAAGUUGCAGAACAAAACAACAGUAGAUACUUCCCAUCCAGCUGCGUGGACUUAAACUCUCCUACCACACCAACACCACCUCGCCAUGCCGACAGCAGAACUUUGCUCAGUCCUUCUGGGAGAAAUAACAGAAGUGACGGUACACUUGAAUCCCGAAGGCCAUCUACAAGACAUUCCAAAACUAUGGAGGAGCUGAAAAUGCCGGAUCACAUGGAUGGAAGCCAUUCACACUCUUUAUCUGCUCCCCAUGAAUCUUUUUCUUAUGGUCUAGGUUACACAAGUCCCUUUUCUUCUCAACAGCGCCCUCAUAGACAUUCUAUGUAUGUGAGCCGGGACAGAGUGAGGACAAAGGGCUCAGAGGGUGGCUUAAGCGUAGGGCAAGGGAUGGCAGCCAGAGCAAACAGCCUACAACUGUUAUCUCCACAGGUGCAGCAUAAGUCACUUACAAGGUCUGGUGGCUCUUCACGUGAAGACUGUACAGAAGACACAAACAGGGGUGGAGUUUACCAUGAUCAGCAUCCAGAUGAUGGAACAUCCACAAAAGAAAAUAGAAUUCUGUAUAAUGAUCCGGUACCUAGAAGAGUUGGUAGCUUUUACAGAGUCCCAUCUCCACGCCCAGAAGGAACAUUCCUAGAUAACAGUGCCUCAAACAGAAUACCAUCACUACCAACAGAAAGCAGUAGUGUAACAAGCCACUCAAAGAGACAAACUGCUUUUGAUCCCUGGAAAAGUCCUGAAAAUGCUCAUUCAGAACAAAUGAAGGAAAAAGAAAAGCAAGGAUUUUUUAGGUCAAUAAAAAAGAAAAAAAAGAAAUCUCAAUCUACAGAAUUCAUCAAGGCGGAGAAUCCAAGCAUCAAGAAAUCUCUCUUUCCUCUAUUUAAUUCAAAGAGUAACUUAAAGCAUAGCUCUUCUUUGAAAAAGAUUCCUGUGGUCACUCUCCCUCUGAUGCCUGGAAGUGACAAUCAGGAUCUUUUGUCACUACAGAAAGCUAUUCAUUCAUCUAAUCACCCAUCCAACAGACAGAAGGAUUGGCAUUCUGAGAAGAUGGCAGAAAUCCAAAGUCAUAGUCAGCCUUUAAAGUCUCUCCGCAAGCUGUUACACCUUUCCUCUUCCUCAAAUCAUUCAAUUCCUUCUGACCCCAGAUUCCAACCCUUACAGAGCCAGCAAGCUAAGACUUCUUUUUCUGAAGUCCGAAUUCAUCCUAUAAGUCAAGCUUCUGGUACUAGCAGCAGCAGCAACAUGCGACAAGAGUCCCAGUCAAAGGGCAGAACGAGUCUCCAGAUCCCAAGCCAGAUGGAUCCCAGUUGGCAUGUUUCCCCAGUGAACAGGAGUGCCAGCGAUGGGCCUUCAUACCCCGAUCAAAUGCCUUCUAAGAGUGGGCAGAAUGGGCAUACUUAUAACCGAACAAACCGAUCUCGAAUGCCAAACCUGAAUGAUUUAAAAGAGACUGCUUUGUAGUAAUACUUCGUGGAAUGCUGUAGUAGGGAUUUACCUAUGGGUAUAGCGGUGCUGGUGAUUGUGGUGGAGACUGAAUUCUCAGCAGUAUAAAAGGUGUGCAAUAUAUGGAGCUGCCAUUCAGUUCCACUUCAGUAGAGAUCUUACAGUGAAAUGAACUUUAUUAAUUGCCAUUCAUCUAUACUCAUGACAGAAGAAUGUGCACUUCAGGGAGAAUGAACUAUGUGCCCUUUUCUCUCAUUUACAUUCCAGCCUAGUGCACAUCUGUCUCAAAGCUGUAUAGGCACUUUGGGGAGUUAAAAGAAAUGUCUUAUGCCCUUAUGAAAAACUUUUUUGCUGCCUAGAUUUUAAAAAGAAAAAUAAUUAAAUAGUGUUUAUGUGAUACACUGGUAUUCCUAAUAAGGGUUUAAAGUUCAGUUGUAUGUCUUCAUUUUUUAUCUUCCAUAUUUGAUAGGAUUUGUAAUUUUUAUUUAUGAUUUAUUAUUGUAUUGUUAUAAUCAUAUCUUAUGUUACUAUGUAAAGUUAUUUUGAGCUGUUUGAAACAUUGUGAUGCGGUGGAGCAGCUAUAGUAGUUUCUAUUAAAACUAACCUAUAUUGCAUCAGGAGCAUUUUUAUUUUAUAUAUAUAUAUAUAUAAAAUAAAAUAAUAUAUAUAUAAAAUAUAUAGUAAAUAACUGUCUUUUAAAAAAUAUACUCAUUUAAAAUAAAAGUAUUGUUAUGACACUCUCUGCCAUAUUUUUAUACAUUUGUGAUAUAAAGUGCAGUAUUAUACUUCUAAUUUAAAGGGAGCAGAAUGUGAACUGAAAUACAACUGUAACUAUAGGAAUUUUGUUCUAUUAUAUAAAGUGACAUAUAGUUGUAUCCAGUAAUGUCCCUCCACUGAUGACAGAUUCUAGGAUCCAUUCAAGUCUUCUAUUCAUAUAAUGGGGGCGAAGGCCAUUUUUGCUGCUUCCUGCUCUCCUCUGCAACCUGUCUCCUUUUCUAUCUAAAUCAUCUAAACUCUUUGGUCAGCCUGCACAACCUGCAGCCCUCCAGGCCUUUGGACCUUUGACUUCUAGAAGCCCUUGUCAGCUUGUCCAAUGGCCAGGAAUUCUGGGAGCUGAAGUCCAAAACACCUGGAGGGCCACAGUUGUGCAGACCUGCUAUUUGAGAUGGCUUUGAAGGUGACAUGGAGAACUGUGUGGGUAAGGAAUAUUGGUGAAAAUCAUCCCCUUCCCUGUUUCAGUUAAAUAUCCUUACAUCAAUUGAAGGACAUCAUUGGAUACCCUAUUGAUAACAAAAUACAACAGUGAACCUAAGACUUAAUUAUUGGCCUUUCCCCCCACUGGAGGUCAUAGCUUAAAUGUAUCAAGCUAUGUAACCACAAAGUCAUAUAAAAUGUGGGUAUUUCCCCCUAAGUCUGUGCUUACCUUUCCCCAUUGUGUUGAUGGAAGAUAAAUAUCCGUGUUAUGGUGACAUAAGAAUCCCACUCUUGCUUACAAUGCUCCAUACAGGAAAAACAACCCGUGAUGAGCAGAUGAUCUUCCAUUCAAUACAUGGUGUGAAGACCAAAGAGCCACAGCAUGAGAUGCAAGUGGCAAGCCAAAGUUGGCAUGACGCAGCACUGUAAAUCAUGGUAUAAGGUUUUAAGCCUAUGUAUAUUCUUUGCACUUUGUUUGAAAUUGUACUACGCAGACAGUAAAAUAUUGUAUUUAAAUGUAAGAGAGGCUGUGGCACUUCCAUUUUGUUUCUAGGAUUUAAUUUUUAAGAACCCUGUAACAUUGGUAUUUGAAUAUGGAAAGAAUCAGUUUCUGCUGAAAUGUAGUAUUUCCCCUAUAUCACUUAUAAGAAUUUUUUCUGUAGACUUUAAAGCUCCACUCACUUCAGAGUGCUGGAUUUUUCUAAUUAUCUAUAGAAUGUUAUUAAAAUAUUAAAAUAACUUUAAAAAGUGGACUUACUAUAUAGUAUAUGUAGAACCUAAUAUUCCAUUUGCUUACAAUUACUAUGACUCAGGAAAAAGACAAUUGGAAAAAUUUCAUCCCAUUAUGUAACUGGUAUAAACCAGGGUGGGGGAAGGGGGAGGAUGGGAACAAAAGUGUCAGAAUAAUAUACGCGUAUCUUAAAUCAUUAAACCUUCACAACAGGACAACUUAAUUAACUCAUCUUUGUUCUUUCCAUUUAUAUGUUUUUCCUUCAAAAGUUUACCUGGAGAGCAAACAGUGUACUGGUGAUAUAUAACUAUUUAGUACCUCACUAAGUUAAGGAACAUGUAUUCUGGUAUUUCACAGUAUGAUAAAGUUGCAACAGAUGUGAUAUAUUAAACACAAAUGCGCACACAACUAGCAGACUUCUUUAGUAGGAACACAAUAUUUUUUGUAAGCCGCCCUGAGUCCCCUGUUGGGUGAGAAGGGCGGGAUAUAAAUAUUGUAGUAAAUAAUAAAUAAAUACAUUUCUUCCAUUACAAAACCUUAAAUUGUCAGUUGCAAAGACUAUGAAUGUAUCUGUUUUGCUAUUGAGAAAACAGGUAUAACAAUAUACAAUAGUGAGCAGAUGAGGUUAUUUGUGGAAGCUGUCCUUUUUGCUGUUAUUUGUGGAAGGACAAUGGAAAAUAUGAAUUAGCAUGCCAGAGCUUGCUUAUUAACUGGAUGUCAAUCCAUCUAUUCAUUCACAUAGUAUCUUUUGUGAUUUUUAUAGAUUUUGUAGUAGGCCCCUACUGUUUCUAACUUUUUAAUCAGUUUUUCCAUACAGAAUUCUUAAUUUUGCUUUGAGACUUGGACUCUAAGCAGUACUGUCUGAAUUCCAUAAAUUAUGUUCUGUUACUGAAUAAUUGUUCUCACCUUGUUUGCUAUUUGCAUAUUUAUUUUAACACUCUUGAUUUGAAGGGGCCUCUGACCAAAACUAUUUAGGAUCAGAUUGUGUAUAUUAUAGAACAAUGCAUUUAGAUGUUUGAAUUGAGCCAUUUUAAAACAUAAAUUUCCACAAUAUAUGGAUUUUUCUUUGUAGUGGUUCAAAAACAAAAACAUUCAUAUUCAAUCUAUUAAUGGAAAAAGUCUUCUUUCAGAAGCCUCCCACUCAAUCUGGUUUACAUAUCCAAGAGUUGUAAAUAUGCUAAGAAGUUUAAAAAAUCUUAUUAGACUAAUGGAGAUUUGUCAGCCUCACAAGAAGAGCAAAGCCUAUUAUACAUUAAAGAAGUAUUUGAGUGUGAGCUUUUUUCUUCACUGAGAUUAGAGGAAUAAUUUGCUGUAGCUUUACCAAGGAUAGAACCGCUAAGCAUUAGUUAUCUUUUUCUCUUUCUGAUGGCACUACUAAUAUGAAGACUUGGUUGGGGUAAUGGAGGCUACUAAAAACAGCAUACAUGUUUCUAUGGAUAUUUAGGGAUAUUAACUGGGAGAUGAAAGCCUUGAUUAGUCUACUGACUUGUGAAAGAUCGUUUGAUUUUUUUUCAAAAUGGUAUUGCAUUAGUGGACAGUUUUGCAAAAGUACCUUUAUUCCUGUACAGAUGUACUACAAUCUGCUUAAAAGCUGCUCAAAAUUAGCUUUGGUUUCUAAAUCAAUUCUAUGUGUAUUUUUGUGAAUUUUCUUGCUUAAAAUUUGAUACGUUUUCUAUUAAUUUUUUCUGCUAUGCUUUUUUCAAAGAUAUGUCUGAGCCUAUUAACACUAUAUUUUGAGCAGCAGACAAGAUUGUCUAAUUUGGGGGAAGAGAAAUAGUAACUGUCAUUCCAAAUUUCGUCAUCCUGUUACAGACAUUUCAACCCAAGACCUCAGUAUAUGAUUUUCAGGUAUUUAACAUGUUUUAUUUUUAGUUGCAUACAUUCAAAGCUUUCCAUUUCUGUGCUUCUAAAGCCUUUCAUAAUAUUGAGGUCAGCUCCUCCAACCCCAUCCACUAAUAUUUUUUUUUAAGUAACUUGUGGACUUUUUUCCAAACCAAGGUUGGAAGGGGAAUAAAACAAAGUGACACCGAUACUUCUUAUUUCAUUUGACCUUUCUAUAAAAGUCCUUUCAAUGCAAAAUGUAUUCUCUUCCCCCUUUCUCUUAUUUCUCCCACCCUCAAGAGUGAGUAAUCCACAGUGGUAACUACACGAUUCCAGUUGCCUUAACUGCAUUCAGUGUUUAUUUUCGUACUAUAUGGUGAUUCAACUAAAAGGGAAGAUACCGUAAUGAUUCCCCUCCCCAAAAUUCUAAAAUAGUGAAGACAGAAGAAGAAAUACAAAUUUAAUUAAAGAAUCUCAAUUUGUAAUACUGCUCUGAUCCAUGGUUGUGCAAUUGGAAGAGAAAAAGUAUGUCUGUUACAGCUCUCUUAGUUGAGUAUUGCCUAUUUUGUGUUAGAGACAGAAUGAUGAAAAUUCAGCCAGACAUUUGCCUAUAACAUUCUUAGAUGAGAAUGUGAAUGUGUAGUCUGACUUUUUUCCUAUAACCAUAAUGCUGUGACAAAGUUUUCUUCUUGUUUUUGGUAUUGAUAACUAUAUAUUCAGGCGCUAGGCAAACAACCUGCAGAACUUUACUUUUGGUUCAUUGUACCAAAUGUCUAUACAGUACUAUACUUAAUAGAGGUAGGCCUAUUGUGUAUACUGCAGGAAGUAUUACAAGAGUUUUUUGGAAACCCGAUCACAUUUUAAAAUAUGAAUUACGUCAUGCUAUUAUUCUAUAAACUAUGUUUUUCAUCACCUAAAUUCAUUAUCCUCUGUUAUUUGUGUCCAUACUGACUUCCUCAUACAUUAGAAUUAGUAGCAGCUGAUGGGGUGGGGUGGUGAUGGAAUUUUUCUAGGCUCUAAUCUAGCAAAUAGUUAGGGACCUUUAGUUUAACACAGUUACUUUCAGAACAAAUUAACAUCUCAUUCUCUUCAUUCAACUGUUAUGGCAUUCCUUGAGUCUUCAUUGUGUACAUUCAGUAAACCACAAUUUGAAUAAAAAUCCCAUAAAAACAAUGAGAUCAUUUUAUACUGGAAUCUGAAUGACUGAGAGUUUCUGUCUGAAUCAAAUUUUAAUGUAAAUCUUUCAAAAAUAAUGAAUUAAUAUUGGUGCCUCUUUCCUCACAAGUAAUCUAGCAAAUGUUGGUAACUGUCUUUCAUGGAGUUAGUUUGGCAUCCUAUAUGGUUAGAGGCCUAUUGUGGUUUUAUACUCCAGAAAGCAGGAGUAUGGGGAUCAUGUUCUUCUUUUGCAACCUGCUUGUUUACUUACUCUGGUCCAAACAAUUGUAUUGAUGAGAAAGAAGAGUAAUUGAUGCUCCUGCUUACUUGCUCCUUGGCUGCUUACCUGCCAUGUGGGCAACUGCUAGAAAUAAUAAAGAGGAAGAGGAAUAAUAACAUCUGGGACAAUGGCAGUGAGAAGGUAGACUUGCAAAGGGAGGAAAGCUUUUGACAGGGUCUUACCCAAUUUACUGUCAAACGCCUGAAGCUGUCACUAUGCCUUUCAAUUAAUCUAUGGCUGCUUCUGGAAAAUGUAGGUCAUGUUCAAGUAGCCUGAUUAGCACUUGAAAUACAGUAGCACCCCCCCCCUCCAAAUGUAGUCAUUACUAUUGACCUUCCACAUUGGGGGUUUGGACAUCCUUCAAAAAACAAAAUAUACAUUUUGUAAAAUCAUUUUUUUAAAUCUGAGAAAACACUUUCUAGGCAUUUCUAGGUCUUACAGCAUGAUUAUAUGGUCAACCUCUAGUGAAGGUUGACCAUGGAAUCAUGCUGGAGAAACUAGCAUGAGAAGCUAGAAGAGGUGCCUAGAGAAUUCCUGGUAUUCUGUCAAGUAAUAAAAAUAGCAUUUACAAUAUUCAUUUCUGGUUGUUCUGCUUGUAAUCAAAUAGCCCAGUAAUGGUGCGUCUAUAUAUGAAAAGUGGAUAAGAACAGUAGUCAUUUGAUUUAGAUUUUGAAUAGUUUUUCCAGUGGUAAAACAGCUCAGUCCUUACAUCACUUUUAAGUCUUCCUUUAGUUUACAUUUUAGCUACUGGGUUGCAUUAUUUUUUCCUCCAGGGAAAGCAGUAGAGGAGAUUAUUUACUGACAUAGUUUUAGAAAAAUGUUGUUGAUAUUGGUCAGAGUGUUCACUUGCACAGUUUUUCUAGAAGAAGAAAAAAUCUUCAGUGAAUUCAUUUUUAUAGAAGGCGUUUGUCCUUUUUCUGCACCAAAAUACAGUUCACUGGGUGGAAUUCAGAAAAUGAUACGGCUUGAAAUGCUAGGAUGUCUUUUUCCUUUUCUUUGCCCCCCUCUGCCCACACACAUAUUGUUUAGAAAGAAACAAUUAAAUAACAAUUGAAAAUGUAUGGCCAACAACAAUUAUUUACCCUGCACUUUUCUGGAAAACCAAGAUUAUUUUACUUAUGUCCACAAUCCAAGAAUCUUUCUUGAAAGUGUUUUUGAGCAAAUACAGUCACCAUUAUUUCUUAAAGGUAUGCUUAUGUGGAUAAUUGCAUAUUGGCAUUUGUGCAUGUCCAUCUAGUAGCAUUGGAAUACACCAUAGGAUGGCCAAUGCCUUACCAAGGUGUACAAAGGUGUAUAAAGUAUGGACGUACAUAUAUUUAUAUUCAACAAAUAUGUUUACCUGACACACACAAAACUUUAGCAGAGAGCUUUGCAUUCCUUAGCAUUGCUCAAGCCUUUUUAGUGCUUCGAAAUAAUUCACUUUCUUUUUUCUACUCCUGUAUUAUUUUACCACGAUUAUCAUGAAAAACAUGACUAAUUCAGCAGUAGUAAAUUUUUAUGUAUACAUUAUUUCAGGAAUUAUUAGUAGCAUGUAGAGAUCUUAGAAAAAAAACACUUUGGCAGUUAAUAUCCUUGGAAAUCCAGAACUGCUUUAGAUCUUCAUUAUUGAAUACUGAACAAGAAUUACAGAUUAAAAAUAACAGAGGUAAUAUAUUUCAAAGCUUCAUAUAGCUUUAUGAGAGGCAAAGUAAACCCAAUGGAUAAAGUCAACUGUGGAGUCAGCCUUCUAGGUUAUUGAAAUGUUAUAAGUAACAAUUGUCCACUUUCACUGUCCCUUUUAGACAAAAUCUCAGGCAAAAAAAAUUGUUCCAACUUUCUGUUGUUGAAAAAAAAGUUAUGUAAAUCUUUUAAGACUGAGUUUGCAAAUAUGUUGGAUAUUUGAAAAAUAUUUCAUUCCCAACAAUAAACCAUCUGUAAGUGUUUAUCAAACACCUUGUAUCAUGUUAUGGUAACACCAUAUUGAAUUGUUUUCAGGCAUGUAUUCCAUUCUUAACUCCUGUAUAAUUUUUACUGUUUGUGUAAAUAGUGUGAGAAAGAAACUGGGGGGAGGGAAUUAUCCUGUGUUUAACCUUUAAUUAUCCGCAUGGGAAUUAAUCAUUUUUACUGAGCACAAUGUAUUUUUGAAUGGGCCUUCCAAAAUACGUCUUUAAUAAAAUGCAGGUUUUGCACUAGAAAA